AUGCAGACAAGCCAUUAUAACGUGCAGCAAAUUUCAAUUCCUGAAUCCCAUAAGAAAAUGACUAGUUCUUCGAUGAGCAUGCCUCUGUAUCCGUUGCGAACACCUGAUACAGCGGCAAUAACGGUAACACCUUCGAUAGGUUCGCCGGUGGGCGGUUUGCAGCCGUUGAUUCCGCCGCUGACGGGACAACUGCCAUAUUGCAAGCGACCUCCGCAUCAGUCGAUGGUAGCUGGUUCUUACGCACUACGAAAAAGUUCACCGCAAGUGACAGCGAUAAUGGAGGUUCUUGUAUCUCUCAAAAAUUCGUUAUACCAGUCAUUAGAUGGAAAGCUGACUACGGAGGAAUAUAAUAGUGUUUACCAGCAUCUGAGCCAAUUAUUAGCCUCUUUACCACCGCCCCUUGCAAGUGGUGCUGCGCCAAAUUCUCAGCAGCAUUUGAGAUUACCGUCGAUAUCACAGGUUAUGCCAGGUACUGAAUCCCGAGAUAUACAUCACGCUGUCAUCAUAACAUCCGGUGACUUACAAGGCAAGCACUACAUUUCCCCACCUAUGAGUUCAACAGUACCUACCCUUCCAAUAUCCCCAGGAAUGACUUCGGGAACAAUCGAGCAUUCUUCUCCCGAUGGAAUAAGGAAAAAUGUCUGCAAAGUCUGCGGGAGGGAAUGUCGCAGACCUUCAACGCUCAAGACGCAUAUGCUCACUCAUACAGGCCAACGACCAUUCUGCUGUAGACAUCCGGGUUGCAAUAAAAGCUUUAACGUGAGGAGUAACAUGCUAAGACAUGAGAGACUCCACGGAAGAGAUAAUGAUUCAACUACGAAGAAGCCCUAA